AUGGGGUACAGAAUGCUGAGGUGGGUACUUCAUUCUGUUUUGAUUGCAGGUGUGAUGGGGGCUCCAUUUUUGUCAGAUGAUUCGGCAAAUCAGUUCCUACGUCUGAAAAGACAAAUAUUUUCACAGGAUGAUUGGGAUCCAGAUCACAGUGAAAAUGGAUGGGGAUAUACUCUGGCGGAGCAGGCCAGUGAAUCAUGGACUGAUUUGAGAACAACAGCCCAGUAUUACAUGGACCUGGGGUCUUAUGUCUUUCAUCCAUCAACUGCCCAGUAA